AUGAUUGGUGAACGUAUUGAAAGUGGAAGUAAGGCUGGUAGAAUACAAAAUCCAAGUGCUGCUAGUUCCUCCUCUGGGGCUGGUGGAAAGAAGCCAUACAAUGGAUUUGCUAAGAAAAGGGAGGGCGAAAUAAGUGCUGCUUACUAUGGUCAAGGCAAGGGCCAUGCUUAUCAACAAGUAGCCGCUGUGACUAUACCAAAUGCACCUUUUCAGCAAUAUCAACAACAAGGGUAUCCGCCACGUCAGUAUCAACAACGACCGAAAGUUCCAGAAAGGGUUUUUGAUCCGAUCCCAAUGAAGUAUGCACAAGUAUUGCCAUAUCUCCUCGAUUUGAAGUUGGUCCAAUUGAGGACUCUGGCCACUCCUGCUAAGCUGUCUGCUAAUUGGGUUGCUGGACAUAGCAUUGAAAAUUGUAAGGCAUUAAAGAAUCUUGUUCAAAAUCUUCUCGACUCUAAGGCCAUUGAGUUUACUUCUACUCAAGGACCUAACGUUGUUCAGAAUCCUAUGCCUCCCCAUGGAGCUCAUGCUGCAAAUGCCAUCGAGGUUGUUGAAGAUGCUCGCUUGGUCAAGGAUGUGAUCGAAUUGGGCUCUCUGUUGCCAUUAUUGAAGAAAGAAUUAUUGAGGAUGGGUCUAUACUCUAGUUGUGGAGAAUUAUGUACUGAUUGCAUGGCCAUUUCCUCAGUCUGUGAUAAGGUGAAAAGUGGGGUUCAAGAGUUGAUAGAUAGUGGGUAUCUACAGUUUGAGCGUGUGCAACAUCUUGAAAUGGUCGAGAAUGAAGUCAAUGUGGCAUCCAUCCCGUAUACUCCUGCCAAUAUUCCAGUUCCUGCCAAAGCACCUCCUUUGGUCAUUACAUUGUCUGGUCCCGUCCCGUAUAACAGUGAAAAAGUAGUCCCAUGGAAUUAUGGGGGAGAAGUUUUCUACCAAGGGGCCAAGUAUGAGAUUAAAAUGCCAGUUGAGAAAGAAGAUGUGGAUAAUGUUGUUGGCGUUGGAAGAAUGACAAGGAGUGGUCGUAUUUUCAAUCCUCCCCAGAAUACCCCCGAUGAUAAUACAGAAGCUCUAGCUCAAGCUAAAGGGAAAAGAGUGGCAGAAGAUGCAGUAGAUCAGGGGCAAAGCUCUAAAUCUGAAGAUACUGUGACCAAAGAGAUGGAGGAGUUCCUAAAGAUCAUCAAGAAAAGUGAGUAUAAAGUGGUUGACCAACUGAGUCAAAAUCAAUCAAAGAUUUCGAUUUUGCAGUUGCUUUUGUGUUCGAAGACGCAUCGAAAUGCUUUGUUGAGACUUCUAAGUACUGCCUUUGUCCCUCCGGAGAUCUCAGUGAACCAACUUGAAGGAGUGGUGUCAAACAUCAACGCUGGUAAGGGUUUGGGAUUCACUGAUGCAGACUAG